AUGGAGGAGGAGAUUCUUGAUGGAGGUCCUAAGGGUGGAGGAAAGGAAGAACUAGGAGAGGGAGACAAGGGAACGUCUGACCCUCCAACUCCUCCUCCUCAUGGUUUGCCCAAUAAUGACCACUAUCCUCCAUCUGGGCCUAGCAAGGGAACAUCUGAACCUUCUUCCCCUCCUCAUGGUUUACCUAAUAAUGGCCACUAUCCUCCAUUUAGGCCUAGCAAGGGAACGUCAAACCCUCCUUCCCCUCCUCAUGGUUUGCCCAAUAAUUGCCAUUAUCCUCCAUUUGGGCCUAGGAAGGGAAUGUCCGACCCUCCUUCCCUUCCUCAUGGUUUGCUCAAUAAUGGCCACUAUCUUCCAUCCGAACCUAGCAAGGGAACAUCUGACCCUCCUCCCCUUCCUCAUGUUUUGCCAAAUAAUGGCCACUAUAUUCCAUCUGGGCCUAGCAAGGGAACGUCCGACCCUCCUUCCCCUCCUCAUGGUUUGCCCAAUAAUGGCCACUAUCCUCCCUCUGGGCAUAGCAAGGGAACGUCUGACCAUCCUCCCCCUCCUUAUAGUUUUAUUCCAAUUAGGGACUAA